AUGAUUGUUAAAAUGUCAAGUGAAAUACCGGCGAGGAACAAAAUGCGGAUUUGUGUUGUAUAUCUACUAUUUAUUUUCACAAUAUGUGGCUCUACCAAUGUAGACACAGUAUCAAGUGAUAUUAAAAUUAAGAAUGUUGAUAGAAUAAUCGAUUGUUCUUCUCAACUCGUAAAAACAACAUCUAAAAUUACUUUGGAAAACUCAGGCAAAGCACCAAUAAAAAGUUUCUUAUUGGCUAUAGAAAAUGUUCUAAAAGACCACAUAUCAUUCCUGGGAGUUAAGGAUAGCCACAAUAAAGAUCUACGCUUAAUAGAAACAACAGUAAAGGGUUAUGACUAUAUCAAGUUUUAUCGUGUCGAGCUAAAAGAUGCAAUUAAUGCAGGUUCUUCAUCAAUUCUUACUGCGGAAUCCGUUUUCACUAAAGCCCUGCAACCAUAUCCUACCGCCAUCACUCAGCAGGAAGACCAAUUGGUCAAGUUUAAUGGUAACCUAUACUUCUUUUCUCCCUACUAUGUCAUAUCACAGAAAACCAAUGUAAUUUUGAAUACAAAGAGUGUUGAAUCCUUCACGAAAGUAAAACCAUUCAGCCAGCUUGAUGGUACACUUAUAUUUGGGACUUAUUCCAAUAUUGGACCAUUCACUGAAAAGGAAUUGAGUGUACAUUUCAAGAACAACUCUCCAUUCUUAACUGUCACUCGCGUUGAGCGUCUUAUUGAAGUAUCACACUGGGGCAAUAUAGCAGUCGAAGAAAAGAUUGAAAUUGAGCAUACAGGUGCUAAGUUAAGUGGACCAUUCUCUCGCUACCACUAUCAACAGGAUCACCACAGUGGCCCUGCUAGUGUCCGCUCAUACAAAACAUUAUUGCCUGCUUCUGCUGCUGAUGUAUAUUAUCGGGAUACUAAUGGCAACAUCUCUACAUCCAACAUGAAGGUGAAAAAGGAUUCGGUAGAAUUGGAUUUAAGACCUCGAUACCCUCUCUUCGGAGGAUGGAAGACUCACUACACUCUAGGUUACAAUGUCCCAAGUUAUGAAUAUGUUUACCAUUCUGGAAAUGAAUAUCUUUUAAAGAUGCGUGUAAUUGAUCACAUUGUAGAUGACAUGCAAGUCGAUGAAUUAGUUACCAAGGUGAUUUUACCAGAAGGAGUUCAUAAUAUCAAAAUUAACUUUCCCUAUUCAAUAACAAAACUGCCUGAUACUUUACACUACACUUAUUUGGAUACUCAAGGACGUCCAGUGAUUUCAUUUACCAAGAAAAAUAUUGUUGAAAAUCAUAUUCAAGAUUUUCAACUACGGUACACAUUCCCAACAAUCAUCAUGUUGAGGGAACCAUUAAUAGUAGUUGGUUCACUAUAUGCUCUAUUCCUUUGUGUUAUUAUUUAUGUAAGAUUAGACUUUUCUAUUCAUAAGCCAGAACAUGCCCAUAAGGACUAA